AUGCUAGCCUCUUCUGUACGAAGCUCAGUUAUCAACCGCCGUCUUUCUGUAAUAAUGAUCGUUCUUGCCCGACUCUGUAUCUGUAAAUCCCUUCUCGAAUGGACGGUCACACCUUAUCUGUCUAGUCUUGGCAAAGGUGAUAAGGUGGAGAAGAUGUUUUCCAUACCGAGGUUGCCGGAGUGGCUGGAGGGACGACAGGAGGUUGUCUUCUCCUUCUCGGACUGGUAUUUUCCUGUUUUCUGGGAUAUAGAAGAUACAAGUCUGCAUCGAAAACAAGAGAUACAACUUACGUUAUUCCAAUGUCCAGGUGACACGUACGGUACCAUGUGCCACAGCAGCUGCAGUAAGAAAUGUAAAUAUGGAUGUAACAAAGUUGAUGGUGAAUGCAAUUGCUGUGUGGACGGCUGGGCUGGACAGUUUUGCGAUGAUAAGGAGGAGCAGAAGUUUACCAUCUCCGAGGUUGCCGUGGUGGCUGGCGGGUCGAUUGGAGAGACAGGAAAUCCAGUGACUGGAAUCGCACAUCAGUCCUCAAUAUAUCAAAAUUGUUCGGCGGAUAAAGCGUUUGACGGCAAAAAGAACUUCUCUGAAGAAGAUGAAGAGUUGCCAACAUGCACUUGCAGUGUUACUGACCCUGAGAAAUCCCAUCCAUGGUGGGAAAUGGAUUUUAAGUCAAUGCAUUUGAUUAGUUCAAUAAUAGUCACUGGUCGUUCAGCUCUCGUUGGAGUUGACAGUGAACAAAAGGCAUUUCCCUCUGGUGCAGUUGCUGGAGGUGUAAUCGGAGCACUUUGUGUUGUCGCUGUCAUUGUUGGCGCAGCAUUGUUCUUCUACAGACGAAUACUCCAAAAACCGCAAACGAUAGAAACAAGUAAAACGUAUGAAAACGUUGAGUUUAAUACACAAACGCAGACCGUUUCAUAUUCUUCGAAGCACAGUCCUGCAAAAACAGCAGAAAUUGAGCAAACCACGGACACGGAUGUAAAUUACUAUGUGUUUGAAAAUAAUAUACCUGGCAUACAGAUACACCAUCUUUGGGAUUACAUCAGAGAGAACAAUACAAAAGGCUGCCAACACUUUAAUGACGAGUUUGCAAAGCUUCCAACAGGGCUUGUUCAUAAACACGAAGUAGCUGGAAGGGAAGAAUACAAAGGGAAGAAUAGAUACAGGGAGAUGUAUGCAUAUGACCACUCCCGCGUGCCGUUACAGAAGGAAAGGGAUGGCGACUGCAAUUACAUUAAUGCGAGCUACAUUGACGGUUAUUGCAAAGCUCGAAAGUUUAUCGCUUCUCAAGGUCCAACGAAUAACAUGAUCGACGAUUUCUGGCGAAUGGUCUGGCAAGAGAAUGCAGAAAAGAUUGUAAUGCUUACUAACCUGAUUGAAAUGGCAGCGGUAAAGUGUCUUCAAUAUUGGCCGGAAAUGGAUCAAACCUGCUCCUUCGGUGGAAUCGACAUAUCCAUAACUGCUGUGAAGAAGUUUCGAGAUUAUGAAAUAAGAACAUUAAUUGCUAAAAAGGUUUGUUCCACCAGGGAAAUUCAACAGUAUCAUUUUAAAGCCUGGCCGGACAAAGAUGUACCUGACAAUGGAUGGUGUCUUGUUGAGUUCUUGAAUGCUGUUGAAACACAGUCUUCAAACGCUCCUAUCAUAGUACACUGCAGUGCCGGUGUGGGGCGGACAGGCACGUUCGUUGCUCUUGACAACCUUGUAGAACAAGCAAAGACUGAAGAAUGUGUUAAACCUUUGGAGAUGGUAAAAGCCCUGAGGCAGCAACGAGUCAACAUGGUUCAGACAAAGGAUCAGUAUAUAUACUUGCAUAAAGCACUUGCCGAAGCUCUGUUGAUGGGCACUGAUCAUAUCUGGCAUAGACAAUUUGAAAAUGUCCAUCCCUUCAUGAUAGCAACGGAAACUGGAAAAGAACAGUCAAGGCUGGUAAAGCAGUUUCAGUUGAUUGAAAAAAGUCUUACAAAUGAAGCCGAUCAGGUGCAGAAUGAGCCAAGCUUUUACGGAAAUAACACGUUUUUGAUGUGUAAAUCACCAUGUGAAGAGCAGCUGGAAGAGUUUUGGUCUCUUGUUGAGGAGCAGCACGUGAUAACCAUCAUUAUGCUUACCACUACUUCAAGCCAAGCACACCAGACUUGUGAGUACAUGGGCGGAAUUGGAGACGGGAAAGACGAAGAAUAUCUGACAACAAUAAAACAGUUUCAAAUCGGCGGUUGGACUGAAAACGAACCACUCCCGCCAAUACAAAACAUGUUGGACUGUCUCGAUGCUGUCAGAAAGUGGCAGCCGCACCUAGCCGAAAACAGACCUGUUUUGAUUCACUGCGAGACGGGACAUGAGCGGAGUGGAUUGAUCGCAGUACUUUUGAAUGAGCUUCAUCGCAUGGAAAAGACACGAGGUCAGAUAAACAUCGUGGAAACUGUGAAGACAAUGAAACAGAGAAACAGGGACAUCAUACCUAAUACUGUCCAAUACAAGUUCAUUUAUGACUCACUUUUGGAAAAGGCCAGGAACAUAACGGAGUAUGAGAACAUUUAA